AUGAAACAUAAGGUUGAAAGGGCCUCAGAUAACACAUGGUUUGUCCGAAUCAUUCAUUGGUUUUUCCAAAAAUGCUCAGCUCUCAUGUGUUAUUGCCCAUGGACAUGCAUAUUGCUCACUACUAUUCUAACACUGGUUUUGGCACUGAAAAUUCCUUUCACUAGAAUGCAAAAUGACAUCAGUGACUUCACACCAUUUGGUGCAAAAUCGAGGGUAGAACUGGAAAAGUAUCGACAAUUUUUCAAUAACCAUGGCGAACCAAAGGCUAUCUACGCUUUCAUCACUUCUAAAAUUGGAGAUAACAUGUUAGGAAUCUCCCAGUUGAACGACACAGUGCAUGUUCUUGAUAAAAUUUCUCGAGAUUUCUAUUUGAAAACAUCUAAUGGCCCGAAGAAUUUUGAGGAAUACUGUAGUGGAUUUUGUUUACUAAACGAACCAGUGAGGCAUUUUUAUAACGGAAUGUUGAUUUCUGGACAACACGGAACGGAUUUCAGUCAUUUGGAUUUGGGUUAUCCUAUCACCACAGUUCUAGGCACUAAGUUAUUUAUGGAUCCAAACUUUUUCGGCGUUAAAGUGGCGACAGAAAACCACAAGAUUGAGAGUGUAGCUGACGGAAACAUUAGACUCUUCGGAGAUAAUAUGAAACAAGAGCCAAACAACAUUCGAGAAGUAUCACUAGUAGUUUUACAGUUUAGAUCAGAGUUGGGUGAUGAAGUGAAAGCAGAAGAUCUAAGAAAUUACGAGCAUGAAAUACUGGACUAUAUCCAUGACGAAUACCAAUCUGCCCAUAUCAAUGUCUACAUACUAACCGAUUCUUAUAUCACUGAAGAAAUCGUGAGAGCUGGGCUCACUCUUUUGCCAUUUCUCGUCAUCGGUUUCAUUAUCAUGGCUGUAUUUUCCUCAAUUACUUUUGUUAUCAGUGCUCAUUACUUGAAACAGCUGAACAUUUAUAAGGUUGUUCUUGCUGUAAUGGCAUGUGUAUGUCCAUUUAUGGCAUGCGGAGCAAGUCUGGGAGCAAUGUUUUACGCUGGCUUUCGAUUUGGGUCCAUUUUAUGUGUGACCCCUUUUUUGGUUCUAGCCAUCGGAGUAGAUGAUUCAUAUUUAAUGGUAAAUGCAUGGCAACGGAUCACAUGCCACAGAAGGAAAUAUGGUCGAAUUGAAAGUGUCCAUAAGGAACUGAAACAUAGAAUAACAGAGAUGUUUAUUGAAACUGGACCAUCUAUUACUAUUACUACCAUCACUAAUGCGUUGGCAUUCGGAAUCGGAGCAACAACCCCAGCUGCAGAAAUUCAACUUUUCAGCAUCGGAAAUGCUCUAGCUGUCACGACUGAUUUUGUGUUCACUAUAACUUUCUAUGGAGCGUUAAUGGCUGUCGUUGGGAAGUAUGAAAUUACAAAGGAGCUGGAAACGCUAAAAACUCUUCCAGGAGCUGAGACGCCAUCAGAAACUUCUUCAGCGGGAUCGGAUACCUCUUCAGAACCAGAAGAUUGUAAAUUUCGAAGGGCAAUCGCUAAAAUCUGCAAAUUCUUGACAAACACUUGGGUGUGUUCCAUAGUUUUAGGUCUACUAGCGGUCUAUUGGUACAUCUGUAUCAUCGGAACUGUCAACAUAAAAUCCGAAUUAAGUCCAAACAAACUCUUCUUAGAAGAAAGUAACAUUGUGAAGGUAAUUUUCAAGCAGCGGAAGACACAUAUUAUUCCUUAUUACUCUGCUUGUUGGAUUCUGGUGGAAAACCCUGGAGAUAUUAACGACAAAUCUCAACGUGCAAAACUUGAGGAUUUGGUACAAUCAUUUGAAAGUCUACCGUCUGCAAAUGGGCGAUACUCCACAAAGUUCUGGCUUCGAGACUAUGAAGACUUUCUGAAACAAUCGGAAGACAUUGAUUUACCAAUGGAAGAGGAGGAUGAAGAGUUGGCAAUUGAGUUUAGUGUCAAUGGGAGCCAAGUAGUCACACCAUCUCAACCAUUUGGGAAUGGAAAUGAGUUGAGACAGUUCUUGGAGUGGCCAGAGUUUUCAUUUUGGAAGGGAUUCGUUCAGAUCAAUGAGUCGACCUACCAAAUGUCUAAAUUCCUAGUUACCACUGCAUACCAUGGCUCAGAACUGGUUGAUUGGUCUAACAGAGCAAAGCUUUUGAAUGAGUGGAGAGCAGUGGCUGACCAAGAGAAAUAUCGCUCAUUGAACGUGACUGUUUACGAAGAAGAUGCUAAAUUCCUUGACCUAAUUGAAACGAUGUCUCCUGUGGCUAUUCAAUCUGCUCUCUGGACGUUUGCUUCAAUGUUCCUGGUAGCUGCUUUAUUCAUCUCCCACCCUCCAACUCUUUUCGUUGCCACAUUUUCAAUUCUCUCUACAUCGUUGGGAGUAUUUGGAAUAAUGUCUUGGUGGGGUGCCGACUUAGAUCCAAUUAUGAUGUCUGCUACUGUAAUGUCUAUCGGAUUUUCUGUCGAUAUUCCAUCUCAUGUUAGCUAUCAUUUCUAUCAGACUGCCAAGGACACGACAGACAUCAGAAGACGUCUUCAGAUGACGAUAGAAGCAGUUGGAUUCCCUAUUUUCGAAGCAUCACUGUCCACAUCGCUUUGUGUUAUGUCGUUGUUUUUUGUGGAUUUGAAUAUGGCUCAGAUAUUCGCAAAAUGUAUGUUAUUGGUUGUUGUAAUUGGAAUGAUUCACGGAAUGUUAGUGAUGCCUGUCAUAUUUUCUCUACUGGAUACAGUACCCAAAAAGUUUGCUCCAAAGUUUAAAAAUCAACAUCUAUCAUCGACAGUAACGGUAGUCACAGUGAUCACUUAA